AUGGCUCAACGUCAGCUCUCGCGUACGCUCCCCAAGAACUUUACUUUCCCCUCUAUCAGCGCCGACGGGCCCAAGACCCCCGAACGUCCCUCCGCCUCGAUCGACGUUCCUCCCCCGCCGCGUCAUUCCAUCUCCAGCUGCCGCCUGCCUCGAGUUCGCGUUCGUUCCGGCACUGAUGUCUGCGCACGGAUGGAUCUGGAUAUCUUUCGGUUCCAAGGUAACCAGGAUGUCGCUCUGCCCUCCAUCGAAGUGAACAAUCAGAGCGUCGCGCCUGACGCGUCCUUUUCCGAUGAACCCACCAGCGAUGAACGCUUCCUUGCACCCCCGCGCCAGCGCAUGGUCUUCAAGACACCUCCUGCACAGAUUGCCGGCGCGGAACACGACGGCUGCGACACCGAAAGCCAGUGGCCGUCGUGGGAUCAGACACCCGCCGCCUACAACAUCUCCCGCCCCGACUCCGCCUGUUCAAACCACUCCGACUCAUCUAUCGAGUCAAUCGAGACUUUUGCUUCGCGGCCUUCAGUAGGAGGAAGCUGUACGAGUGCUGAGAGCGACUUUGACUCCUAUUUCCCUCUUGAGUUCCCCAAAGAGCCCGAGAUGAGCUCUCCCACCCUGCCCAAGAAGCACAAGGUGAUGCGCUCCCAAAUGAAGGAUAAGUCGUGGAGUCGCGAAAUGGAUAACCACUUGUGGAACACAUAUCAGAUGUACCUGCAGGAUCCUACCAUGACUCCUUUCAAGAUGACCCCGGGCAGUAUCCCGCCGCUAGGCGUUACGUCUCGAGUCUCCCGCCGUGCCAAGAAGACCUGGGAGAAGAACCAUCGCAUUAUCGGGUCUUACUCCACACAGAAUACUGACCGGAGCGGUAGCUCUACUCCAAAAGCAGUUGAUGGUGCCACCCAGACUGCUUGGCCCAAGUCCGAUGCUAAGACGCGUCGACGACUCAAGCUGCUUUGUCGCCGCAAGUUCUGCAUCAUGCCUCAUUACCAGCGCAUGAUGCAGUCUCGCAGCCCAGAGCCUGCUGCAGACAUGCUCGGCGCGAACGCGGAAUCGCAUAUCCGUGAUUUCGCAGACAAUAGCACUGCAGCUUACGGCACUCGCGACCUCGGUGUUUCCCUUAUCUCCACGUAUGACCCUACUCCGCUUGCACAGCUCGCUGAGACUCUUUUGCCCGAAGAGCCCAACACGGAAUGGUUCAACAACCCGGUGCAAACUCCCUCUGCCAACCACAUGCCUCCGCCCGUGAACCAGCACCUUAAUGUCCACCCUGCUCACAACAUCCCGCGCCUGGGAUCGCCCUUUGUAUACAAUACCUGGGGACCUGGAGGCUCGGGCCGUCAAGUCCAAGAUCUACCUCGCCCGGCCAGGACAAUGCAUGUGCCUGGUCGUCGUGCCCGCCGCAACACUCAUUUGGUGGAGAGAACUCCCCGGGAUUCCGAUGACGUAUUCUCCAGCGACAUUUAUGGGGAUAAGGAUCCUUCCGACACAGAAGUACAGAAUCGGUUGGAGCAUUAUAUGCGUGACAACAAGCUCCAAAGCGUGGGUCACGGCCGAGUCCGUGUACGCAACCGCGGUGCUACUACGAGUGGUGCCGUUGGUCCGCGGGAUGUUGACCAGCUUUUCUCACCUCCUUCAUCCCUCAACUCAUCUCAGGCUGAAGAGACCACCCCCGUUGCUAAGCCGCCCAACCCAUUGCUGAGCCUCCAGCAAGGCGAGAACAUCAAACGACUGGGCUCACCUUUCAAACUGGAUGGCGGAUUCAAGCGUCGCGACGCCCCUCGCCGUUUCGUCCGACACGCACCUUCGCUAUCAGACCCUUUCUUGACCGGUGGAAUCCCGCCCUAUCGUGGCACAGUGGCUAAUCCAUCUCCCAUGGAGCAGGAGAAGCCCACUGGUCCAUCACUGCAGGAUCCCUUCGAGGAAGGACUUUCCGAUGCCGAGCGUAUCCGCCGGCAAAUCCUUAACAUGCCAUUUGUGCGCCAAUAG